UAAUCGUGAAAACUAAACUUAGAAAAAAAAUAUUUCAAGAACAAAAUAUAAAUUCAUACAAAACCGACCAUGUCGCGUAGUAGUGAAAACAUACUGGAAAAGGAAAACAUUUCGGAGAACAUGGAAAAAAUCUCGAUUAAGAAUGCUCGAAAAGUGCUGACCGAGAGCGGAGCAAACGUAGCCCAAACAAUGGAAGCCCAGGAAAAGCAAAACAAUGCCAGCGAACUCACCAUGGUAGAGAAAGGACAAACUUCGUUUGAUCCGUCGAUUGAACCCCUGCUUCGGGAGAAUCCUCGGCGAUUUGUUAUUUUUCCUAUCCAGUAUCAUGACAUCUGGAAGAUGUACAAGAAGGCGGAAGCAUCGUUCUGGACGGUCGAGGAAGUUGAUCUCUCCAAGGACUUGAAGGAUUGGGAGAAGCUUAAGUCAGGCGAGAAACACUUUAUCUCACAUGUUCUGGCGUUCUUUGCCGCUUCCGAUGGUAUUGUCAAUGAAAAUCUUGUAGAACGCUUCAGCCAGGAGGUGCAGGUGACCGAGGCUCGUUGUUUCUACGGUUUUCAAAUAGCUAUGGAGAAUGUGCAUAGUGAGAUGUAUUCGUUGCUCAUUGAUACCUAUAUUCGUGAUCCCAAAGAACGCGACUAUCUCUUCAAUGCGAUUGAAACGCUUCCCUGUGUAAAAAAGAAGGCUGACUGGGCGUUAAAUUGGAUCGCGAGCAAGCAGGCCAACUUUGGUGAGCGGAUUGUUGCGUUUGCCGCCGUAGAGGGUAUCUUCUUCAGUGGCAGUUUUGCGUCCAUAUUCUGGUUGAAGAAGCGGGGUCUGAUGCCAGGACUCACAUUUUCCAAUGAGCUCAUUUCACGUGACGAAGGGCUCCACACUGAUUUUGCCUGUUUAAUGUUUAAGUAUCUAGUGCAGAAACCGUCGCAAGAACGUGUGAUAGAGAUUAUUCGGGAAGCAGUUAUUAUUGAGCAGGAAUUUUUGACGAAAGCUUUACCAGUUGAUUUGCUUGGUAUGAACUGCGACCUGAUGUCCCAAUAUAUAGAGUUCGUUGCAGAUCGGUUGUUACUGGAGUUGGGUAUUGAUAAGAUCUACCACACGAAGAACCCAUUCAGCUUCAUGGAGUUUAUCUCAUUAGAAGGAAAAACUAACUUCUUCGAGAAGAAAGUUGGAGAAUACCAAAAGUGGGGAGUGAUGGCCAAUCGACUUGACAAUGUGUUUACAUUGGACGCUGAUUUCUAGGGCUGGUAGUGCAGCAUGUAGUGAAUAAUAUUGAAACGUUUGUUUCGCAAUGACACGGAGCGAUGGAUGUUUUGAGCCACUCAUGGCAUCGAUCACUACGACAAUUUAAAAAAAUAUGAAGGCAGGCGACUUAUUGAUUUUAGUUUGACUUUUACCACUAACAGACAAUACGUUGUGCUACCCGAGUGCAGCGUGUAUUUGAAACCUGCAUUGAUGAAAAAAUAUCUAGUUAGAUGAAUUAAGACUAACUUAUGUUCUAUCUGUUAGAAUAAUUGUAUACACGCACAUUUAUAUGGAUGAAUAUUCGAUCUCCUUAAAGUUGUAAAUAAACUUAUAUUUAAACAGUUCUGUGAACACAUAA